AUGGCAGAUCCUUUGCAGAGCAGAGAGGCAGGGACGAUGCACAUCAACGACACUAAGAGUGGGUUCAUUAAGGGUGCACUUCAAGAGGCCGAAAGACUAAGGGUGCAGCAGCAGAGACAAGCGGAAUGGAGUUCACAGGAGGUGAAGAUGGGAGAGAAUGUGGCUGCUCGGUCGAUGGGAGGAAGUAGCUGUGCAAAGUCGCUGAAGGAAGAGAUACUGGGCGCAGUGCAUGGGAAGCGACACACGGGGCGAGAGGUGGAAAUUGGAGGAGCUAGCGUGCUGCAUUCGCCUGCAGCUACGGCCGCAGGUGUUUUGUUGGUGCCUUCAAUUCCACAUGCCGCCCCUUCCACCCCCCUGCAGCAUAAUAUCAUCCAUGGCAUGGCUCGGGGGGUUUCGGUGGAUGUGGAAGCGGUAGAUAAGGAAGUAAGAAAAGGUGGUGAGAGAGUGGAGAUCGAACAACAACAGAUAGGUGAGGGCAAAGGGACGGUGCAAGAGGGGGCGAAGGUGGUAACGGGGGGACUAUUGGCGCAUACAGGUAUGGAGGGUGCUGCUGAGGGUGUCGGAGAGGACGUGCCGAACGAUGAAAGAGGAGGCAAAAUCGACGAGGUGGAAGAGAAAGAACACGGGAGUUCGGACGGCAAGGAGGCAGAGAGGGUGGAGGAAACUGUGGUAGACAAGACGAAAGCAGAUUUGGAAGUUCAACUAGCAGACAUGGAAGCGGAAGGGAAGUGCCUGGCAGCGAAGGAGGAGGAGGAGAGAAUGCGGGCUGCGGAGCGGAUGAGGGCUCUGGGGUUAGAGAGGGCGCAACUAUCUGCUGCACGACUUCGAUUGAAGCAGAAACGGGAACCAGAGAAUCAGGAUGGUGAGAAGUUGGUUAUGGGAACCUAUGGUGGAGUCAGGCUUCUCCAAAUGCCUGAACAUUCAGAUGGGGAACGUGGGACGAAAAGGCGGAGGGAAGUGCAGGCGGAACAUAGCGAGUCGCAAACAGGUGCAGAUGAAGCGAUUGCUAGUGAUGGGGAUGGGACCGAAGGAGCGGGCAAGAAAGGGAAGGUUUGUGUUGAGCCAGACAGUCUGGGGAAGGUGUACGGUGUAGAAAAGCCAUUCAAAGCAGGUGGGUUUUUCCGGCGGAAGAAGGGCACAGCGGCCGGGAAGUUCUGCUCCGAACAGACAGUUGGAGGGAAGAAGAGAAAUCUGGGGAAUUUCGACAGCGAGCGGAGUCGGAACUACAGCAUCGCGAUAUGUUGGAUGGCAUACCAUCCAGAUACUGACCUCCUCACCUACGACAUGGAUGAGAAGGACGUCAAAGCGUGGUCGGGCCAUCUGAACCUCGUUAGGCGUGUGCCGACAGGAGUCUGGAGCAUCCUCAACGAGCUGCACAUUUCCAGGAUUGAGAAGUGA